UCUUAUGAUUAAUGUGUGAAGCAUUUCGCAACGUGACCCGCGCGCGAUUUAAAGGGCGAUUCUGUACCCGUACACGCGACGUGCGUGUACGUGUAACACACAUUUAUGAAGAUACAUAUAGACGAUAUGUGUGUCACACGACAACGGCGUGUUAAAUAUUAAACGCGAUGCAUCUUCUAUUUUAAACAACGACCACAAUUGCGUGCAAAUGCGUCCGUGCGUUGCGCGGAAGCGCGCAUUAUUACGUCAGCUGAAACGCGAUUGUGCGGCAGAGGGCCUCGUACUCGGCCUCGCCGCAUGAACGUGCAAUUUCCAUCGGUGGAGGAGCGGCUCGCAAUGAUGUGGACCAAUCAGUGCUCGCCGUGGCCUGUGGGCGGCGCCUGGCAACGGGCGUGGCUGACGUACGAAUGGGGAUGGAGCUCCUGGCAGGUGCCGCCACUGCAGCCCUGCUUCCUCUCGCUGUUGGCCGGCGAGAAGAUUGGCGGGGUCUGUCUGGCGGAGACCGGCGGGUGUGGUGGAGUCGGUGGCGGCGGUGGCGGUGGAGGAGGCAGCGGCGGUGGAAUUGGCGGAACGGGGUGCCCUGCCACCCAGGCCGGGUUCCUGUCGCUGCUGGCAGGCGGUGGCGGCGGAGACAUUGGGGGCAGCCCCCCAGCUUGCACAGGAGACGUGAGCUGGUGCCGCAAAGCACUGUGGGUAGCGGGCGGGGCGCUGCUUGCCACGGCGGCGUUCAUCAUCCGCGAGGUGAUCAUAUCUACCAGGUGCACUGUGGCUGACGAUGCGAGCGGGGAUGUCGUGAUCCUGCACCAGCACGCUCGGCCUAGGGGCGGCGCUCCCAGUCUCUACCCCGCGUGCCUCACCGCUGAGACGCAUCUGCGAAUGGCACGGCUGCCCUACAAGGUGUGCAGCGACGCGUGGCUGCCCCCGCACGCUGUUUCACCAUGGCUGGAGGUCCCGUGCGGACACGGGAAGACGCAAGCCGUGCAGGGCAUCGAGGCCGUCCGAGACUUCAUGGAGUCGCUCACCGGUGACUCGGCAGUUCUGCCCGCCAGCGCUCACCAGUGCGGGGUGGCGCGCGCCGUCAUCAAGAUGCUGGAGGACCACACAUACUGGGCGCUGUGCAGCGUGCAGUGGCUGGAGUGCGCGGAGACGAUGCGCCGGCUGGUGCACGUGACGGGGCCCUUCCCGCGCCUGCACGCGCGCCUGCGCUGCGGCCUCGUGUGCGCCGAGCUACGGCGUGAGCUGGCGGCGCACGGGCUGGCGUGGGCCGCUUGCCCGCAGGAGGCGCACCGCGCCAUCGAGAGCGACAUCCGCGCCGUCGCCAACAUCCUGGGAACUAAGCGCUACAUGCUGGGUGACCGACCGGGCGCUACAGAUGCCUGCGUCUUCGCUCACCUCUCCAUCGCGCUGUGGCUGUUGCCUGGCUCGCGACCGCACCAGCUGCUCACCGAGGAACUGCCGAGCCUCGUGGCGUUCUGCCACCGCAUGCGCAAGCGCUACUGGCCCGAGUGGCUCCCGGACGGUGACGAUGGCGGACCCGCGGGUUGGCGCAGGGCCGACGAGAACGGCAACCGACGAGUGGCGACGGCGACCGAGGAGGACGAAGAGGAGGAGUGCGACUUCCUGAGCAGCGAGGACCCGCUCAGCGAGGAGCCGAGCCUCAGCGGGGAGCCGUGCAGCGACACCUCGCUCCAGGUCGACUCGGAGUGAUCGCGAGAAGUCUCGUCCGGUGAUGGUAAUCGCGGGAGUAAUGCUUCAGCAACAACAAAAAAAAAACCUCUCAAAGCCAGGCCCGAGUCAGCCGGAAUGUGGCGGUAUGCUGGAAAGGUAUACCCGAUAAUAAAUAAGUAGACCAAAAAAUGGAAUGUUGUCUGAAUGCGGCGUCCAUCAGGAUAUGGAGCGAUAAAAUCAGUUGGUGCGCAGGUGCUCGGCGAAUCUUUACAUCGUCCGACCAUGAGAGGUGACAGUGUUCUUGUGGAGGCUUUCAUCCAGCAGUUGAUUGUUCAUGGCUGAUGAUGAUGAUGAAACCAAAAAUAUCUGACUGGAUCACUUUGCACGCUAAUUAGUCCGUACGCUAAUUAUGACAAAUUGUUCUGCAGUCAAUCCAUCAGCUUACCGCGUCCUAAAGCUCGGUGCCGAUCAUGUGUAGGAAUUCUCAAAUGCGCUUAUCAACGUUGGGAAAUGUAACACGCUUCCCCCCGACCAUUGUAAGAAACGCAAUUGACGUGCAAUGGCGUAUGAGUCAUUCUAAAGCGAUAGACUUAUCUGUUGAUUGGUAUUCGUUGAGCCCGUGCCCUUGGAUGCCACGUGGUCUGGUAUGUACUCUCUUAAAAUGUUUAAAAAAAAAAUAGAAUAAAUCCUUCAAGCCUGUCAGAAAAUCUCUUCAUACUUCCACAUCCAGUGAGCUUCAGCUUUCCCUCUCUGCUACAUGCCGAUGGUAAGUGACUCGGAUAGAACUGUUACGAGAAAAAAACAUGUAAAUAUGAUAUUGUAAAUCUUUGGUUAAUUUGUAAUUAAACGCGUCAGGUGUAAAUUA